ACAACGUUACACUUUGUGCAUUUCUGUGUACAUAUGUGUCAAGAUGUGUUAAGCAAUUGGAAAACACCCUGUGGUUUCUUGCCGCGUUGCCAGCGCUUUCACGCGUUCUGUGUGCGGCCAUAAAUGAAUUAUUAAGGACAUUUCUAUGCAGCGUCGAUGUGUUUAUCGCUGCGCGCUUGGUCAUCUAAGAUGCAACGGGAAAGUUCAUGACCCAUCGGUUGCCAGCUUAGAUCGCCAGUGUUCGCCAGUCUAGCGAAUAUGGCUGCGAGCAAUGGCAAUAGUUACUGAGUUAACGUUGCGUUCCUCAGACAAUUGUCAACAAAGAAGUAAUUUUUGAUUCGAAAGAAACUGAGAAACGCGAUAUAGCACACGUACAUAAUAUUAUGGCAACUGCUAUUCAAAAGAAUGGCAUGAAACCUCUAACCAAUCGAUCUCUAAAUCAUGUUGAGAAUGUUAAUAAUUUGGACAAUGCCAAUGAGUGUACAGAGAAAAAGGAUGAUAGGCUGUUUGAGGGCCAACUACAGCCUUAUGUAGAUACAGUUGAACAAGAACCUCCUGAGCUUGAUAUUGUUAUUAAUAAUGUAGUUUGCAGUUUUAGUGUGAGGUGUCAUUUGAACUUGCGCGAAAUAGCUUUAAAAGGAUCUAAUGUUGAAUACAGAAGAGAAAAUGGGAUGAUAACUAUGAAGUUAAGGAGACCAUAUACUACAGCAUCCAUCUGGUCAUCCGGUAAGGUAACCUGCACAGGAGCAACCAGCGAAGUUCAAGCAAAAAUUGCAGCACGCAGAUUUGCCCGUUCUCUUCAAAAACUUGGAUUUAAAGUGAGAUUCAAUAACUACAGGGUUGUUAAUGUACUUGGCACUUGUUGUAUGCCAUUUGCUAUCAAGAUAACGUCAUUUUCGAUUUAUCAUAAAGAAAAUGCAGAAUAUGAGCCAGAAUUACAUCCUGGAGUUACAUACAAGUUAAAGGAUCCAAAAGCUACAUUAAAAAUAUUUUCUACAGGAAGUGUUACUGUAACUGCGCCCAAUGUCGCUUCGGUCCAAGCGGCGAUUGAGCAUAUUUACCCACUAGUCUACGAAUUCCGCAAGGAGCGAACUGCAGAAGAUGAGCUUACAUUAGCGACAAAGAAACGCAAGAUGAGAUUAAACAAUCAGACAAAAAGAAAUCGAGAACAGUUCCUAGACGAUCCGGAUUUCAUAUGUGAAAGUAUGGCCUCCUCCGACGUGGAAGAUGCGCUCGACGACGCAAGUAGCGGUAGUUGGGACUGAUCUGUUUUAUUUUAUCACUUACUGUUAACUGUGAAGCUGUUAUACGCGUGUGUUAUGUAUGUUUACGCAUACAUAUAUAUAUAUAUAUAUAUAUAUAUAUAUAUAUAUAUAUACACAUGCAUGCAUACGAUAUAUAUGUAUUGUGUGUGUAUAUAUACACACAUACGUAAUAUAUAUCGUUCUUUCUAUGAUAAAUACAAACUGCUCUGUGUACAAAAGCUGUGUUAUAGCUAAGAGUGAAGUGAAAUAGUUCUUUGUCGUAAUGCAAGGACAAAGUGUGUGAGUGUUAGAGACAAGAUAAUGUAUGUAUUUGCAUACGGCAUACGUAAGUAUAAUUCUCGUAAUAUACAUCAAACGAACUGACCAUCAUCGUAAGGAUGACGUCCAGAAUAGUUACUUUUACUAGCAAUAUCGAAAUAUAAAUAUAAAUAUAUAUCUCUAAAGUCUAAUACAUACAUAUAUAUUGUAAUGUAUUACAAGUGUAAAUAUCAAUAUAUAUUUAUAUUUAUAUUAACACACACAAACACACACACAUACACCAUAUAUAAAUAUAACUUUAUUCACAUAGGUAGAUCACAUAGAUGUAUUUUCGACAUUUAUACAUAGAUUAUAAAAUUCUAUGUAUAACACAUUUUUAACUAUAGAGAAUUAAUUUUUUGGAGUUUAUAUUACACCUGUAUUUUUUUUCUCUUUUGACAAACUUUGACAUGUUUCAGCAAUUAUUAAACAAAACACACGCACACAUAUACAUGCAUAUUUAUGUUCAAUCAUGUGUAUGUACAAAUAUAUAUGUAUAUACAUAUAUAUUUAUUUCAGCAAAUAAUUUCAGCAAAUAAUAUGGAUUUAGUAAACAAAGAAAAUACAUGUUAUGCGUGUACAUCUCUCGUGAACAAACUUAAUUGUGACAUGUAAAUUUUAUGUUACAUUUAUGUUAUUGUUUCUUAUAUAUAGUUAUAAUUAGUUUUGCUUAAUUGAUAUAUUGUGCCAAAGAUUAAUGUUCAAAAUUUAAGACAAGGUGAUCAAAAUGAAACCUGCGCAGCUGACAACUUUAUCCAUAGUAGCGAUUAGCUUUCCUUGGCGUUCUGACAAGUGAAAUGUUUCCCCUAUCCUCCUGAAAAUAUCUUUAGUGAUCUACAUUUACAUAAUUUACAGAAUAGAUUCCCCAUUGGCCAAAACGUUAUAUUUUCUUAGAAUGUUACGUAUACCGAGUAAAAUGUAAUUCCGCGUUGCCAACAGCUCGUUUUCGCUCAAAUAAUUCUUCUAUUAUUUAAGAGAAUUACUUUUGCAUCCUAUACAGAUUUAAGAAAUGUUACGUAUUUUUAUAUUUUCAAAAUGCAUAUCAUUAAAUACGCAGUAGCCAAUCCAUGUUUUGCAAGAAACGGAUAAAAAGACUACGUAUCGUUUGGGCGAAUACGAAUACUGUUUCUCUUUUUUCAAAUAUAAAUGUUACGUCAGAUUUUAUUCGAAAAUGUUUGCGUAUGUGAAAGAGAUGUAGUUCGGUUUACAGUAUUCACGAAUUUAUAGAUUCAUUGUCACGAUGUGAUUAUGUUUCUUUGAUUUACGUAAAUCUAAACUUAAGAAAAUCCAAUUAGUGUUGUGACAUUUUAUGAUUGUGCGAACAAUGAUAUAGAAUUCACACCAGGAAUUAUUGCAUCAGUGUUACGUAGAAAUUAUUUUUUAAAACAGUAAAUUUAAAACAAUAAAUUUAAACAGUAAAUUUAAACGUACGAAAUGAAUAUAUACUGUGUUCAUAAUGGUUCAUGUUUGAUUUACCACACUGAUUGGACUACACUACAUACUCUAGAAUCUAAAACAAAAAUAUGAAUAAUAUGAUAGAACACGUUAAAGCGUUUAGUAAUCUUUUUUUGUAUUAAUCAUGUUCACACAGAGAUAUAUCUCUCUCAUAAGUAUUUAUUUAUUAGAUACAAUACAAUUUAUUAGAUACUGUAUACAAGUAUACAGAUACAAUAAGUGCAUUUGGAUCAUUUCAUUUUUCAUUAUUAUUAAUUUCUCGAAAGCCUGAGAUAUUAUAUCUUACUUAUAACGUUAUUCUGUCCAUCUGUAAAAAAUGAAACGUCUCCAAGAGAAGAAAUAUUUUUACAUAUUGACUCUCUUUGUUAAGUAUCAUACAUAGUAUUCCUAAAAUUUAUUUAGUUUACUGUUCCCCCUUUCUCUCUUUUUUUUUUUUGAGCAUAUGUGUCGAAUAUCGUGCAAAGCAUAUUGAACUGAAGGUGCAGCGUAAAACGUACUGUUUUCUAUAUACUUUACGACUAACUUGCACGCUCAUACCAAACUGGACCUUCCGUUUUUGCGACUUAGCUGAGAAAAAGCAAUACAUUAGUGGUUCAUAAAAAAUACGCAUACAAAAAUCACUAGAAAUUUACAUUAUUCGUUCAUUAAUAAUAUAGAAAACGGAAGAUAAGAUAAUAUACGAAUACCACAUAAGUAUCUUACCUUACAUUAUGUACAAGAGAAUACACACAAUAAGUUAUGGCCGAUAUUUUACAAAUAUAUUUCAAUGAGGAUUAAUCUGUUCGUGCCAUAUAACAUAAUUCGUUUGUUAAAAUUAGCUGAAAGCAGUGUUUCAUAAUUUUCAUAACGUGUAUAUAUAUGUUGUUUUUACACUGAACAAAUCGUUUACUGUUUAAGGCUAAAAAGUCACUGCCCUUAGUGUAUCCAACUCGAAACUGUAAGGCAUGAUUCACUAAUGAGUAUGUGACACGGACUAGUAUAUUUUGUUUACAUCAUAGAGCUACUCUUUGCGUUAUUAAUUGUAAAAGUUGAAUAUAUAGGUAUAUAAAAAAGAAAAAAAAUCGAAGAAGUUGAAUAAUAAAACAUAUUGUCAAAUGCAGGUAUAAUAGCAAAAUAAAUUCUAUCGUAUAUAUUAUA